AAGACCCUGACGGGUAAAACCAUCACCCUCGAGGUGGAGUCCUCGGACACCAUCGACAAUGUGAAAACGAAGAUCCAGGACAAGGAAGGCAUCCCGCCGGACCAGCAGCGCUUGAUCUUCGCCGGCAAGCAGCUCGAGGAUGGCCGUACGCUGUCCGACUACAACAUCCAGAAGGAGUCGACCCUCCAUCUGGUUCUCCGUCUGCGAGGUGGCAUCAUCGAGCCUAGCUUGAAGGCCCUGGCUUCCAGUGAGUGAUACCCAGGUAUGGCUGGGGAUGGUGUGAUUUGAGGGCUUGUGUCCUUCUCCGCGGCGGCAUGCUCUGGAGCCCGGGCACUCAAUCAACCCCUUCUCCGCCCCUUUUGCCGCGUGGCAUCUCCAGGCGCACUUUGUUCUAAUAAACCUUCCCAGAAUACAACUGCGAGAAAAUGAUCUGCCGAAAGUGCUACGCACGCCUCCCACCCCGUGCCGUCAACUGCCGCAAGAAGAAGUGCGGCCACACCAACCAGCUCCGCCCGAAGAAGAAGCUCAAGUAGAGGAUACGUCUGGAGAGGAAUUGGGUGCCGAGUUGCGGGAGAAAUGAAUUGCGGACUGGAGAGGCCUAUGGCUAUUCCACCAUGGCGUUCCAUACUAGGCUUCAGGUUCCAUCAAUCGUCAUUCAAGC